CUCACUCUGUACAUUUAAGUCAGGCGCUUGACCAAAUUGGCUUGAGGCGCUGCAACAUCCUUGCGCGCUUCGUCUACCUGAGCUUGCAGCAUCUAAACCACAUACGAUAGCAACAAUAUCUCCAAGUGUAACAUUCUUUACUGGUUGCCAAACGCGGGGGCUCGCCAACAAACCCUCACGUAGCGGCGCGGGUCGGCAGCGGUGCUGUGGGCCCCUGGAGGUGCGGCGCCAGCCGCGCCUCGAAGUCCCCGCCGCUGCACCCAUGUCGCGUGGGCCGUCGGCCAGUAAGGAUGCGGCCGCUGAAGUGGUCGGCCUCGCAUCUAAGCUGGACGAGCUAUAUAGGGGCUUCGCACACCGUUUCGAUGGGGUGCCUGAGGUGACUGCGCAGGAGGUGCACAGCUGGGUGUCAGAGCAGAGCUUGCGAGACCCACAGCAGGGUCAGGGCCAGGGUCAAGGGCAGGAGCAGGCAGGGCCGUCGGGGGCUCCAGCAGUGGUGCUGGUGGACGUGCGCAGUCACGCCGAGCAGCAGGUUUCUGUCCUGCCGGGACCCACCACUUUGACGCAAAAGCAAUUCGAGGCGCGCGGCCCAGAGAGCUUCCACGGCACCAAGGUCGUCUGCUACUGCACCGCCGGCUAUCGCAGCGGCGUGUACGCUGCCAAGCUGCGGCGGCGACACCCGCACCUGCAGGUUUACAACAUGCGGGGAAGCAUUCUGGCCUGGACGCAAGCCGGGCUGCCCCUGGCGGACCCCCGCGAUGGCUCACACACACGGCGGGUGCACGUGUACAGCCACGACUGGGCGCUGCAGGGCGACGGCUACGAGCCUGUGGUGUUCCGGCAGCCCAUCAUGUCGCUUGCGCUGGACGCCGCGGGGUCGGCGGCGCAGGGGCUUUUGCGGGCCGUGACUGGAGGCCGGCGGCGGCAGCAGGCGCAGGCGCAGGCACACGAGCAGGAGCAAGCGAAAUAGGAGCGCCAGCACCCCUGCAGGUCCUGAUCACCAACCAGACCGCCAAGGCUCUGGCUCUGACCCGCUAAACCCCCAGCUAAUUUAUCGGAAAACUGGCGCGCCGCACGGGUUAGCUAGCUCAUGCAUUGUCUGGAGGCGCAUCCUGGUUUUUCCCACGCACAAGGGAGUGCUGAUGCGGUAUGCUCGCCAUCCGCUUGCUACUUUGGGUUGGCUGAAGUACUGCUGCUGAUAUUCUUGAUUCUGAGGAAAAGGCAAAAUUGCUGCGAGGCACAGCGUGAGCAGGAUGUGUGUACGUGUGUGGCUGGGGCACUGCAGGUAGGCCUGGGGCGUCCUGCAAUGUCAUUUCGUGUUCCAGUCGUGCGCUGGUCGCAUGAAAGGCGCGGCUGGCCGGCUGCGUAA